AUGCCUUCGUCUCAGCGCCCAUUCUUCCUAUCUUCUUUCCUCGCCGCCUUCCGGCAACAGACACCGCCGGCCCUCUCAGCAACGUCACAACCUAAUAAGCAUACCUCACAACCUGCAUCGGGUUCCUCGCCUUCGGGGGCGCGGUCGAUCUCGUCAACGUCCCAUGCCCAGGCCCAAUCACCAUCACAACAACAAUCUCAACAACGAACAGGGGGUGUCAUGAAUCAAAUACCCUUACAGUCGCCACCUCGACACCAUCACUCCCCCCAACCACAUCGCCCUGGCAUGCCUAUCCCGGCUCCCGGCCGCCGGCGUGGUAGUGACAGUAGUAGUGAGGGCUUCCGCGAUGUACUUGGUGCUGAUAAGUGGUACAUUGGAGGUCGGACGGCCGGCGGUGAUGAGCGAUUCUUCAAGUUGGGUGUUGUAAAGCGGUUCACCGUCGAAACCGGGCCGAACCAUAGUUAG